AUAGUGUACUCCACUCUUGCAGAUAUUGUUCGUCAAAGUCAAAUAAAUAUGAAUAUAUAUGCUAUGAAAUGACAGUGUUGGGCGGACGGUUUAGACGACCAUCAACAUGGACGAUAUUGAAGAACGUGAGCAGAGGGCAACUGAACUCAACCUGAGGCUCCAAAAUCAAAUGGAUAGUGCAUACUUAGAGGACAUCAAGACUUAUAUGUCCGCUUUUAUUCCGCCAGCUGAACUUGAUAGAAUUCGGUCGUUCUCCAACUUAUGCAGAUGUUUAACACAAAAAGGUAAAAUAUCCCCGACGAACCACAACUAUCUGAUAAGAAUGUUUGAAGAGGUUGGCAAUCGACAAGAUCUUCGGGAGUUAGUACAACAAUUUGACAGGGCAGAAAACAGACAGCCGGGUGUACUCAUUCCUCUGACUUGCCUCUACAAUAAGGACCAGAUCUUGCCUAUCACGGAGCGCUUGCCUGAAUUUCUCGGCUUACUGGACAAGUUCCUAGAAGAACAUUCGGAUUUCAUACCUCAGCAGCUGUUUUAUAAUAAUGCUGCCGCAGGGAUAGCUAGGCCAGACAGAGAUAUAUCCUUAGAAAUUGGAGGAGAUCAAGUGGUAGUGAGUAUCCCGAAAGGAGCAGUCACAGAGAACAAGAUCAUCUAUUGCCAUUUCGUCGAUGGUGAGACACCAUGCCUCCUAGAAAGCGGCCAAUCACUUGUCUGCUAUUCCAUACCAGUUUUUCUGGGACCUACUGGAGAGGAAUUCAAUUCCCAUCCUGUUGUUUUGAAUAUUGCCCAUAACAUCGUACCAACCCCGCAAUAUGUUACCGCGGCUAUAAAAUUUUAUGUAAGGCGAGAAGGUGAUGAACUAGUGUGGAAAGAAGGCGAAGGGCACUUUUGUAGCAUCGGAAAGGAUAAGGCAAUGAUCCACCUAAGACACUUUUCGGAAUUUGUAUUAGCCGUUGACCCAAGCGUAUCGACAACACUUCCACCCUUCAGAGCGCGCAUGAUCACCAUCAUUAGGGACAUCAGUGAGACCGAGCGUUCCCUCGUCAUCAUCAUCGUUUUUGACUCGGCCUACAUGAUAAAGAAAGUGAAACAAAUGCUCCGUGGAAGGAAAUGCAUGGUGGGUGUCACCACUAGUCAGGAAGUCAUCCUGGAGCCAAGGGUCGCGUCUAAGAUCAAAGUUCAGGGAAGAAGAUGGACAGGAAAGGAUGACGUUCAGGACGUGACCCCAGAUCAACUCGACAUGUUGGUAUUCAAACCGGUCUAUCGGGAAAUAACAAUGGUCCAGGAAGAGAACACAAAUAUACAGGAUUCGAGAAUGUGCAGUCUAGCCAUCAUUCAAAAUAAUCAAUCACAGAAAUUUGUUGUCGACGAGGACACAUUCAAACUUAGAAAAGCAACAGAAGAUGAGGUCAUAAUCCCUGAAUACCCUGAGUCAAGAACCGAAUUUGUCGCACCAGAAACAAGUGCAACAAUCACCAAUGUUUUAGUUGAAUUAGAUCGCCAGAGAAAGGAUUUCAAGGAAAUCAUAGACACAAUGAAGGAAUAUAGAGAGCAGACCGUUUCCCAAAUGGGUGCGUUGAUGGAGAAUCAAAAGCACCAAUUGGCAGAACAACGGGAACAGAUCGACGCGUUGCGGAUGGAACUUGUGGAACAGAAGAUGGAAUACCAGAAACUGGAUGACGCGUUGCAGGAUCUUUUUGAACAAAAUACGAGAAAGAGGAUUUUUGGUGUGUGGCAGAAAACCUCAAAACAGAUUGAUCAAAGGGGGAACGGCAUAAACCGUUGUGAAUAGAUGGCGACUCAAUCAUUCCUAUUGUUUGAGAUGGGAGAGGUGAGAAUUAGUCAGCCAGUUAAGUCUCCUGUACAUAGAGGGUUUUUGAUAACUUAGGGUCAAAUAAAUCAGCAAAAAUUUACGAAACUUCACAAAUGAUUGUCACAAGUAGAUACUUAUUGACAGUUUGCUAAAUUUUAAUUCAUUCUAAUUGAAAAGUAAUAUGUUUCGCAUAUUUGUGGGAAAAAAUGGAAAAUCACCCAAUUUUCAACCCCCCUAUAUAUAGACACUAGAAUUUUUUUGCAAUAAAGCUGAAAUCAUUGUAUAUAAUGCCAAGAGUACUAUCAACCAGGUCUCACGUCGGGAAUUCACAUCAAAUGAGUAGUUUCAGGGCCAGCGCAGCUAAAAAAGGCCCCAAAUCCCGAUUUCUCAAGAAUUUACACUACAGGCUAUGAGUUGACCAAAGUUUUCAACCUGUAGAUGGACACAUUGAAUUUCCAUUCGAAUCGCUCCAUUUUUUGUCUGUAAUUACCUUGACAUAAUGAAUUGUGUCAGAGGUCGGGAGCCAAGAUUAUUUGAACACCCUGCCUGAAAAGCCAACUUUAUUGAUAUUUCCUAUGCUUUUUCUAUUAGGCCUGUCAGGACCAACUUAGCUAGUGUGCUCAGUGGCUUAAUUGGCCAAUCCCGCAAUAGCUGGUAUGAAAACAGUGUAGCAGGACUUAGAGUCAAUCAAAUCAAUUCACCAGGUACGAGUCGAUAUUCUAGUUUCAGCAGCAUUUGUGCUCUUCCAUAUUCAGAACCUGAUUGCAACCCG